AAAAACAAUUUCUUCCUUGAGGGUGCAUACGAUUGCUGUAUCUCAUCGGUGAUUCCCUCGCUCUUUAAAAGCAUAUCAUAGAGCAGUUUUUGGCAUUUACUUGUUCCAUAAUUAACUAUUCCAGCAGUCUAUGAAUUUGCCAGAGUUGUUUCAUUUGGGGCAUGGUUGGUAAGGAAGGCUGUGCCUAUGGCCUCCUCAGCACCACCUGCAGGUCCGGCUAAUUCUGGUGGUGGUGAUCAGGAAUCAAACCACUCACCUAGCAGCUCCAACUCUCCAGUAUCAUCCACACAGACUGAAACUCCUAUAGUUUCCAGACUGAGCUAUAGCGCUCCUGCCAAAAACAGUGAGGGCUCUGAAGGUCCUAUAUCUUCCAGAUUGAGACGUCUACCAGGAAGAUACCUUUCGACAUCUCAUUUACCAGUUGCCACACCACCUACACCUUUGGAUUCCAGAAGGAACUUGGGUGGUACACAAAAGCACCAGAGACAAAGUCUACCUCUACCAGGUAGCACUGGCGUGGAUAGAAAUCACGCUAAGACGCCCUAUGAGCGGAGAAGCCCUAGUAUUCCAACCCCAAAAUCUGUCUUUCAUCAACCCCCAACACCAGCAGAUACACCAGUUACGCCAGCAGUUCUCAGUCCAACGGCAAUAGAUAGCUGUUCGGCUGGAAAUAGAGGUGUCACACCGCCAAUAAGACAACGUAAACGGACGAGAACUAACGAAUCGGUAGAAGCGGGACCUUCCUCUUCCGCAGUAGGAUCCACAACUCCGUCUACUAGUCGAACCCGUUACUGCCAGCCGGCCGUUAACGGUGGUAACGGUAGCCCCCAUCGCAGUCCGACCAAGAAGGUUAGGCUGCAAACGGGCAAAGAAGCUUUCCAAUCAGCCAUAUCACCACCACAACAGCUUCAUUCACGAGCAAACAUAGGGGCUGGACACAGUCAUUGUUUGGGAGGGUCGACGUCGGCUGGCGUAGCAGGAGGAGACGCUGAGGUCACAGCCGGAGAAGGAGAACAGCAACAACAGCGCUUGUCUCAAAUACGUCACCCGCGACAACCGACCAACACGGGGUCCUGCGCCAGCAACAGUAGCCGGCGAGCCUCGAGGUCCGGCAAAGUGCCACUCAGUACUAGCGGAAGUGGUGCCAGCGGAGUAGGAGGCGGUGGCGGCGGUGAUACCAGCGGAAUCCCGGGUGUCGGCGGCGUCGGCGCACCUGCGUCGGCCGCCAACAACACCGGAGCAGUUGCAGGAUCAGCCGGAUUGCUUGGAGUGGGCGCUGGCGCUGUGAUGGAUGGCGGAACUCAUAGUGGAUCUUCAUCGGCUAGUGGUUCGCAUACUCCGGCUUCUUCCUCGUCUUCUUCGUCGGCACCUGCACCAGUUGGUGGAGCCAAUGCCGUUCCUCCUGACGGAGCUUCCGGCCUGUUGAACUUACCACCAGGUCACGCUGCUAAUCUUCUCUUAGGAGCAGGGGGAGCCACUGGAACUGGCGAUUCCGAAAGUGACGAUAGCGAAAUGGGACGACUCCAGGCGUUGCUGGAAGCUCGCGGACUUCCGCCGCAUCUGUUUGGCGCCCUGGCGCCUCGAAUGCAGCACAUACUUCAUCGUUCCAUGGGAUCCAAUUCAACUAUCUCCAAAGCUCAACAGCUGAUUGCCGCCGUGCAAAACAACGCGGACGAAAGUCAACAGCUGCAGGCGGCUAUUGAAAUGUGCCAGCUGUUGGUGAUGGGCAAUGAAGACACUCUGGCCGGGUUUCCCGUCCGGCAAGCUGUCCCCGCCCUCAUCCAUUUACUGCAUAUGGAACACAAUUUCGACAUGAUGAAUCAUGCCUGUCGGGCAUUGACUUACAUGAUGGAGGCGCUUCCUCGUUCUUCGGCUGUCGUCGUUGAUGCUGUGCCGGCUUUCCUCGAGAAAUUGCAGGUCAUCCAGUGCAUGGAUGUGGCCGAGCAGAGUCUGACAGCUCUGGAAAUGCUGUCACGUCGGCACGCUAAGUCAAUUUUGCAGGCCCGUGGCGUUUCCGCGUGCCUGAUGUACCUGGAUUUCUUUGGCAUUAAUGCCCAGCGAGCCGCCCUUUCCAUCACGGCCAAUUGUUGCCAAAACCUUCAUCCGGACGAGUUGCAUUUCGUUUCGGGAUCCUUGCCGGCCCUUGCCGCCCGUCUUACCCAACACGACAAGAAGAGCGUCGAGAGUAUCUGCAUCGCCUUUAGUCGCCUGGUCGACAGCUUCCACGGUGAAUCCGAUCGACUGCAAGAGAUUGCCAGUACGGAAUUGCUGGCACACUUGCAACAGUUGCUCGUCAUCGUGCCGCCCGUCCUCUCUAGCGCAACAUUCAUCAUGGUCGUGCGAAUGCUCUCCAUAAUGUGCGCCCACUGUCCGGAACUGGCCGUCAAGCUUCUCAAACAGAAUAUUGCACACACGUUGUGCCUGCUGCUGACUGGACCUGCGGGCGCGGUUGCUAGUGGCACUUCAUCUUCCACCGCUGAAACUUUGCCCGCUUCUUCGACGUCAUCGCCAGCCAAAGAGCACCACCAACAGGAUCAUGCGGUGGAAUUGGUGGCUCGCAGUCCGCAAGAAUUGUACGAGAUAACGUCGCUGAUUGGCGAACUGAUGCCACGUCUGCCGACGGAUGGUUUCUUCGCCGUGGAUGUUUGGCUCACCAAACCCAGUACCGUCCAUUACGACGCGGUCCAGUGGCAAUGGCGUGAUGACCGCGGCUCAUGGCACGCGUAUUCGGCCAUAGAUUCACGGAUGGUCGAAGCCGCACACCAAUCCGGCGAGGAUGAGAUUAGUCUUUCCACCAUGGGUCGGACGUACACGCUGGAUUUUCAUUCUAUGCAGCAAAUAAACGAAGAGACUGGCACCACGCGACCUGUCCAGCGUAAAAUAAACAAUACUGGCGGUUCCAGCGGAUUAGGCGGAGGCAACGGUGGCCUCGGUGUAAAGCAGAGUGAUUCAAGAAUCGAAUGUUUGCAAGAAGAAACAGAAUUGGCAACACAGUUCAUUCGCUCCCUCUUUUCUCUUCUUUACGAAGUGUAUAGCAGCUCAGCUGGACCGGCUGUUCGUCACAAGUGCCUGCGCGCCUUAUUGCGGAUGCUUUAUUACGCCUCGCCCGAACUUCUACGGGAUGUCUUGAAAAGCCAGAGCGUUGCCAGUCAUUUGGCCGGUAUGCUUUCGUCGCAGGAUCUCAAGAUCGUCGUCGGCGCCACGCAAAUGGCCCACAUUCUCAUGCAAAAAUUGCCGGACGUCUUUGGUGUUCACUUUAGGCGUGAGGGAGUCAUGCAUCAAGUCCAGCGACUAGUGGCCGAGCCAGCAGAGUCGCCCUCGUCCUCCGCAACAACACCCGCCGCCGUCCUCGCUGCCCCAUUUGAGAAUGACAUUUUGAACCGAUCGGCCACGUAUUCUUCGUCGACAACAGACCAAUGCCCGUUAGGAAAUGGAUCCAGCGGCUCAAGUGGGGCCCCACUCGUUGCUAGCAGCCCGGAACGUGCUGCCGCCGUUGGCACGACUGCGGCCACUAGUUCGGAGGUCGGAGAAUCGCCGGUGACGUUAACGAAUCCCAUUAUGGCCGUCUCAGCUGUAGCGUCUAGCCCGAUGAAACUGAGUGACGUUUUAAAGAGGAAGCGGGGGGCGAAACGUGGUGCUGUCGGUGCCCGUAAAUCAAGGAACUAUGCAGAAGAGACAUCUUCAGGUGGGCCGCCCAGCUACAGCAUGGACGGACAUGACUAUUUGAAAAGUGGUGCUAGUGCCAGCAGCAGUAGUAGUGCCGGAAGCGUUGGAGGAGCUCGCUCCAAGUUCGGUUUCACCAUGGCCGCUCACGGUAGUGGUGGGGCGAGCAAUAAUGGUACACCUACAUCAGCCAUCAGCGGAAGCGCUGCGAAAGCGACAAGCUUCCUCGCCAACCUGAAUCCUGCACGUUGGGGACGUUCUCAUCAUAAUAAUCAGUCAUCGAGCACCGGCAAUUCGGGCACGUCCAGUGCAGCUUGUACCUCUUCGUCUCCCAGCCUCUUGCCGAACGUGCCCAAAUCGCUGAGCAAUCCACAGUUGGCUGGAAAUCGAGAAAAGGUCAAGACAUGGAUACGUGAUCAAGCCACUCUCUUCCUAUCAACCUAUUUCAGCCCGGCUGCAACGGAGGCUGGCGAGUCGGGCCACGGUCAGUCCGGUGAAGGAUCGGGUGUAAACACUACUGGUCUCAGUGUCUUGUCGGAGUUGACGCGUCUAGUUCAACGACUCGAAACCGAACCGUUAAUGGCCAAAGAGACUUUAGAGCAGAUCCGUGCAAUCGUUGCAGAUUCGGACGUUUCCUCGUUUGAAAUUCUUCACAGUGGAUUGGUCCAGUCUCUUCUCAAAUACCUCACUGCGGAUGGCAUUGAUCGCGACGAUCGAUUGCGGCUCUUCCUUCAGGAAUUUCUUCGUGUGUCACCAAACAGCGAAUUCCCUACAUCAGAGGCGGCCACUCAUUUAUUGGCGUUGACGCACAAAUUGAGCGGCUGUAUUAAUCAGCUGGAACAGUUCCCCGUUCGGGUGCAUGAUUUGCCCGCCCCUGCCGGCACGUCGGGCGCUUCGGGUGGCUAUUUCCGUUCAGGGACCUCGGCGUUGCGCUUCUUCAAUACGCACCAGCUCAAGUGCAACUUACAGCGGCAUCCAUCGUGCAACAAUGUGAAACAAUGGAAAGGCGGUACCGUCAAAAUUGACCCGCUUGCUCUGGUGCAGGCCAUUGAAAAAUACCUGGUCAUCCGCGGCUAUGGCCGCAUCCGAGACAAAGACCUGGCAGAUAGCGAUGACGAUAAUAGCGAGGAUGACGUCGAUGACAGUUUGGCGACCGUUUUAAUGAACCAAGGAAAUAGCGUUCGACACAAGCUCCAAUUUUUGGUCAACGAUCACGUGAUCCCUUACAAUAUGACAGUCUACCAGGCUAUCCGACAAUUCAGCAUGGAUCAAUCCGAGACGGAUACGGAUUCCGAAACCCCAAUGGGGCACGCAUCCAUUUGGGUACAGACGCACACCAUUUUCUACCGACCAGUGCCUGAUAACGACCCGUGCAACUAUGCCAGUCCGAAUGCUGCCAAAAAUACGAGUGCACCAAACGUACUGCUGCCGUGCGGAUCUGCUUCAGGGACUCGUAAGGGCAAAGGCGCCAAUGGCAAAAGCUCGAACAAAAAGAAAGGCGACGACCUGUGGAUUGAUGGAAUUGCCCCCGAUGUGAAUUCCCCAAUAGUGCCAUUUUUGACCAUGCGAAUGCCCGAAUACGUGACGGUCGAUGACCCAUCGCUGGAAGUGCUGAAUCUGUUGCGCGUUGUCCACUCCCUAAACCGCUAUUGGGGAUUUCUUUAUCACCUGGUCGACUACAAGCCCAUUUUGUCGAUUCAUGAGCUGAUCAACUCUAAGCUUACUGCCAAAGCUAAUCGUCAACUGCAGGACCCACUAGUGAUAAUGACGGGAAACUUGCCACCGUGGCUGGCACAAAUCGCCACGGCAUGCCCGUUCCUGUUUCCUUUUGAAACCCGGCACCUGCUGUUUUAUGCUACGGCAUUCGACCGUGACCGAGCGCUCCAGCGCCUAAUGGACUCUGCUCCUGAAUUGAUGAGUGGUGGUGACAGUAGUGAGCGUGUCACACCCCGGCUUGAUAGACGGAAACGCACGGUGUCGCGUGAAGACAUUUUGAAGCAGGCAGAGCAAGUCAUGCAGGACAUGGCUUCGUCGAGAGCCCUUCUCGAAAUACAAUACGAAAAUGAGGUUGGAACUGGACUUGGACCGACGCUUGAGUUUUACGCCUUAGUAUCGCGAGAAUUGCAGCGCUUUGAUCUGGAACUUUGGCGCGGAGAAGCUGUAUCGGCUACCUUAGUCGCUGGCGGCGGAUCACUUGGAUCGUCACCCUCGUCUUCGUCGUCGGAAGAACCAUCCAAAACAAAAACAGGCCCCGUUUCUACCGUCGGAUCCAUCGGGACGUCAGUUGAUUACGUUCACAAUCAAUAUGGCCUCUUUCCGUCGCCCUGCUCGCGCAGUCUCAAGGCCGGCCCACUGGCCAAAAUUCGCUCGAAAUUCCGCUUUGUUGGGAAAUUUAUAGCGAAAGCGAUCAUGGAUUCCAGGAUGUUGGAUUUGCCAUUUAGCCCGGUGUUUUUCCGCUGGCUGCUUGGUCAAGAAAGAUUCUUGACAGCAUCAGACAUGGUCUUGUUGGAUCCCAUUUUGGCGAAAACGUACAAGUCAUUGAUGGCUCUAGUAGAAGAGAAAAAACGUAUCGAUCAGGACUCGACUCUCACGCCAGCCCAACGACAGGCAGCAAUCCAGGCGCUCAAUCUCGACGGCUGUCCCGUCGUCGAUCUCGGCCUGGACUUUACGCUUCCUGGCUCGUCCACCAUCGAACUGCGAAAGGGAGGCAAGGAUCAGCCCGUCACCAUCAACAAUUUGGAGCAAUACCUCAAGUUACUUUCACACUGGAUCCUUGUCGAAGGCGUCUCCAGACAAAUGGAAUCUUUACGCGAAGGAUUCGAAUCCGUUUUCCCCCUACAUCAUCUUUCUCUUUUCUAUCCGGAAGAAAUGGAUCUUCUUCUCUGCGGAGCUUCUCAGUGGACUACUGAAGGUGCUUGGGAAGUGCAAAGUUUGUUGGACGCUUGGAAGCCAGACCACGGCUUCACAUUGGAAUCAAAAGCGAUACGAAAUCUGGCCGAAAUUCUCUCGUCCUACAACAAGGAAGAGCAACGCCUUUUCCUGCAAUUUGUCUCAGGAUCCCCUCGUCUCCCGGUCGGAGGUUUCAAAAGUUUGUCUCCUCCAUUGACGGUGGUACGGAAAACAUUAGAGCCAAACCAGAGUCCGGAUGAUUUCCUUCCGUCUGUGAUGACGUGCGUCAACUAUCUUAAACUUCCUGACUACAGUAGUCUGGAGAUUAUGCGUCAAAAGCUAUCUGUCGCAGUACGUGAGGGCCAGCAUUCGUUUCAUCUCUCUUAAAACGGCAACAUUUUCUUUCAAAAAGACAGUGGAGACGGCCAAAUACCCCCCCCCCCUCCCCCCUCCCUAAUCUACAAUUAGUACGUAUUUUUUUUUUCUGUUUUUCCCUCUGUUUUUCCUUUUCUGUUUUUUCUUCAUUAUUAUUCGUUAUUAUUAUUAUUCUUUUUUCUUGUUUUUGUUUUUUUUUCUUUUCUUUUUUGUUUUGUUUUCCUCUUGAUUUUGUAUCAGGCGUGUCAUCAAACGAACGAUCAUUUGUAUCGCUGUUCAUCUGUUUGCGCUUUUCCUUCGUUUGCCCUGAUAAAAAAAAAAAUUGUUCCUGCUGGACAGCCCCCUGCGCCCUCCAGUCUCUUCCCAUCCCUCCUAUACUCGUCUUGCACCGUCUUAUAGGUUGAAAGAGAUGAUUGAGAAACAAUAAGCGAUGUAUGAAUGCAUAUUGUGUGUGUGUGUCGAAUGAGAGAGCGCCUAAUGUGUGACUGUUAGCAAAAUGCGUCCAUGUGUAACACUAGAUGUAAGGCGCUGUGGUCCUUUUUCUCCCUGCUGAUUCUUUCUUUUUGCGAAAAAUGCUUAUAUUUGUUUGUUAAGUCGCCCAUUCCUUUUUCCUCUUUAUCCUUUCGACAGUCAAGGUGGCAAAAAGGAAAGAAAAAAGUAAACAAGAAGUGAAACAGUUUCCGGUAAGUUCCCGUGCGCCUUGGUGUCAGAACCGUGAGGAUAAAUAACAGUAAACAGGAGCUGUAAUCCUUUUCAGCAAAUAACAGGCCUUUCCCUCCCUACGUAAUAAUAGGCUAUCGUUAUUUCAUUUGUGUUACAAAAACUUCAGAAAGGAAAACAUGAUUGGAAUGAAGAAAAGGAGAAGAGCCCAUUGCCUGUUAUGACACUGAAAAAGGAACCUGUAGUUCUCGAAUGUGAGUCGGAAGUUGAGUUGGUUUCUUUCCUUUUGUUUUCUGUAUGCUUCUUAGCAGAAAACUGGUCCUUCACGUCUUUGUCGAUGCAAACGGUUUACUUGCUGAUUUGCUUCACAGCAAAUUCAUCUAAUGCUAGUACAUACCCUUUUCUCCUUGAUUGCAGAUUACUUUCCUAAUUCUCUGUCCAAAGACUUUGCUUGUCUUUUUUUUUUUUUUUUUCAAUUUCUUUUUUCCUUUUCCGCUGUUUACUUUUGUUUUUUCUUCUAAUGAUAAAUAUUUUCGUGUUUUUUGGCGUAUGGCGUAGUUUAAAAUACACUUUUGAACAUCUA